AGUUGAAACUAAAUGUUGUCAUUUUUAUCGUGUGAGCCAACUUGCACUUUAACUACAGAACGUAAAUCCAUUCAUUGUACACCCUCUUCCAAUGUAAUCCAAUUUUAAUCACAAUGAACCCCGUUCUUUCGCGUCCAACAACAGUGUGUGACCACACAAAAGUGCUUCUGUAAGAAUGGUCAAAAGUGAUCAUGAACACACUCUUAAACCUUUUGGAAAGAAAACGUUCCCAAAACAGUUGACGCUGUUAUGUCUGCACAACGUCAUACUAAACCCGAUGGAUUAAGAAUGGGAUUUCACUGAGCUAAAGCGUCUGGGGCUUUAUGCCCCUGGCAGGGUCACCCAUGGCAAACAGGUCGCAGGUGAGGGAUCAGACAAAGCACGGCUCCAAAAACCCUCAUGAUUUUUAAAAAAUGAGUAAGAUGUUUUCCCUUGCCCGGAUGCCCCCCUCUGGAGCCAGACCUGGGGACGGAGUUUGAAGGCGAGCAGACACCCAAACGUAUUGUGAGGGUCUGCUGGGAACGUCUGGCAGAAUCCCCUGUCAUAAGGAGCUUCAAUUCCCACCUCCGGCAGAACUUCACCCACGUCCCGGGUGAGGCGGGGGAGAUUGAGUCUGAGUGGACCAUGUUCCGGGCUUCCAUUGCUGAGGCAGCCGACCGGAGCUGUGGCCAUGAGGUGGCUGUCGUGGCAGGAAUCCCCGAACCCGACACCAGCGGUGAGGGAUGUCGUCAAGCUGCAGAAGGAGUCCUAUCGGGCCUUUUUGGCAUUGGGUCCCUGCAGGCCCCACCGGGUGGGCAGUUGCCAGGGCACCUCGGUGGAGACGGCGGACCGCCCUGGGUCCCUCGGUGUGGGACGUGUCCCGUCCGCCGGGCUGCUCUCAGGUGGACACCUGGGCCCGAUCCCACCCCUCGAUUGAUUGGGUGGGGACCUCAGCGGCACACACCGCUGGGACUCUUUCACUGGGUGGAUGAGAUUCGCCCGGAGUUCCUCAAGACUCUGGAUGUUGUGGCGCUGUCCUAGUAAACACUCUUCUGCAACAUCGCAUGGACAUCGGGGACAGUGCCUCUGGAUUGGCAGACUGGGGUGGUGGAAGGGGGACCCAAGGGUGUGUUCCAACUACAAGAGGAUCACACUCCUCAGCCUCCCUAGUAAGGUCUAUUCAGGGGUGCUGGAGAGGAGGGUCUGUCGGAAAGUCGAAUCUCAGAUUCAGGAGGAGCAGUGUGGUUUUCAUCCUGGGCGUGGAACAGUGGACCAGCUCUACACUCUUGGCAGGGUCCUCGAGGGUGCAUCGGAGUUUGCCCAACCAGUCUACAUGUGUUUUGUGGACUUGGAGAAGGCGUUCGAUCGUGUCCCUCGGGGGGUCCUGUGGGGGAUGCUUCGGGAGUAUGUGGUACAGAACCCCCUGAUACGGGCCUAUUGGUCCCUGUAAGACCAGUGUCAAAGAGUUUGGUCCCCAUUGCUGGCAGUAAGGAGUUCAAAUAUCUUGGGGUCUUGUUCACAAGUGCGGGAAGAAUGGAACGGGAGAUCGACAGGCGGAUUGGUGCAGCGUAUGCAGUGAUGCGGAGUUUAAAUACCCUCACCUAUGGUCACGAGCUAUGGGUUGUGACCGAAAGAACAAGAUCCCGGAUGCAAGCAGCCCAAAUGAGUUUCCUCCGCAGUGUGUCCGGGCUGUCCCUUAGAGAUAGGGUGCGAAGCUCGGUCAUCCGGGAGGGGCUCAGAGUAGAGCCGCUGCUCCUCCACAGUGAGAGGAGCCAAAUGAGGUGGCUCGGGCAUCUGAUUAGGAUGCCUCCUGCAUGGCUCCCUGGUGAGGUGUUCCGGGCACGUCCCACCGGGAGGAGACCCCGGGGAUGACCAAGGAAACGCUGGAGAGACUACAUCACUCAGGUGGCCUGGGUACGCCUCGGGAUCCCCCUGGAAGAGCUGGAGGAAGUGGCUGGGGAGAGGUAAGUGUGGGCUUCCCUGCGAAAGAUACUGCCCCCGCGACUGACCUUGGAUAAGUGGAAGAUGGAUGGAUGGAUGGAUUUCACUUGGCACCUAUAGUGUCCAGAUGGCCUAUAGUUGACAAACACAUUCUCUUGAUGUAUUUUUUUUAUAAUUUUGUAGUGUCAUUAUUUUAAAUGGUAGAAUUGGGGGCUGGGCACCAGCCGUCCUUGUGACAAGCUUUGCUCACGCCAAGUUAUCAUAUACAAGGCUCGAAAGAAUUUUUCGUUGAGGAGCAGUUUUGCUAAUCAUUUCUUCAUUUGAGGAGCAACUUUCUAUUUUUUUUUGCAGGUUAAUGGCACAGGGACCCGAAGCAAGGGUUUUAUUAAACAAUAAAAUACAACAAUAUAAUGGGGGAGUUAAAUGUUGGGCUGCAGCUAACAAAUAUUUUAGUCCUCGAGUUAUAUUUUGGUUAUAGAGUAAUUAUGAAUACAAAAGAGAAAAAUCUUGAGCAUUUUGAUCCGUUUUGUGUCAUAAAGACAAAUGGAAAAAGUCCCAACCCGAGGUUGAUGUUAUUAUCUAGCCUACAUACCUGAGUUGCACAAGCCAGUGCAAACUGUAGGCCGGUCCCAAGCCCAGAUAAAUGCAGAGGGUUGCGCCAGGAAGGGCAUCGGCUUAUAACUAUGCCAAACAAAUAUGAGCGUUCAGUUAGCUAAUCAUAUAUUGGAGGUGAAAAGAGUAUCAGAUCGAGUGACGAGGCUGAAACUUGAAAUUGAGGGUGUUGUGUAUAAUGUGAUUAGUGGCUACGCCCCACAGGUAGAUGUAAGAAAUUCUGGACGGAGCGAGACGAAGUAGUUCUGAGCAUCCCAGACAGAGAGAGAGUCGUGAUUGCUGCAGAUUGUAAUGGACAUGUUGGUGAAGGUAAUAGGGGUGAUGAAGAAGUGAUGGGUAAGUACGGCAUCCAGGAAAGGAACUUGGAGGGACAGAUGGUGAUAGACUUUGCAAAUAGGAUGGAAAUGGCUGGAGUGAACACUUUUUUCCAGAAGAGGCAGGUACAUAUGGUGACCUACAAGAGCGGCGGUAGAAGCACGCAGGAUUACGUGGAUUACGCAGGUGCCCAUUUUUUAGAACAAGGGUGAUGUGCAGACCUGUGGGAACUAUAGAGGAAUAAAGUUGAUGAGCCACACUGACGUUAUGGGAAAGAGUAGUGGAGGCUAGACUCAGGACAGAAGUGAGUAAUUUGUUAGUAACAAUAUGGUUUCAUACCUAGAAAGAGUACCACAGAUGCAAUUUGUUUGCCUUGAGGAUGUUGAUGGAAGAGUACAGAGAAGGUCAGAAGGAGCUACAUUGGUGUUCGAGAGGAGGAUGCAGGAGAUAGGCUUACAUGGAAAAGGAUGACGCGCUGUGGCGACCCCUAACGGGACAAGCCCGAAGGAAAAGAAGUUCUGAGGACCCGGGUUCAAAUCCGUUCUCGCCUGUGUGGAGUUGGCAUGUCCUCCCCGUGCCUGCGUUGGUUUUCUCCAGGUACUCCAGUUUCCUCCCACAUCCCAAAAGCAUGGUCUACUUGGCUGAAUGGAAGGGUCAAAAGGUGGCUGUGUCCAAACUGUCCUCUCUGGAUUACUCUCAGGAUUUUCUCCACGGAUUGUCCAUGUUAAAGGCACUGCAGGGUCCCCUGGUGGUACAGUUGGUGGGGUUUUGCCUUGAAGACCACACCAUGGUCACUGAGUACCAUCCACUGGGCUCACUUCUCAAUUUGAACGCAGUUCUGGCACAGGAGCAGCAAAAGCAUCGCGACACUUGGCAGACGCGGCUGAUGUUGGCGAUAGACUACGUCUCUAUCGUCCAUUACCUCCACAACAGCCCAGCUGGGCGGAGGGUGAUGUGUGAUUCUAACACCUUGGAGAAAACCCUCUCCCAGUUUCUGCUCACCAAUGACUUUCACCUUGUGGUGAAUGACCUGGAUGCACUGCCUGAGGUCGACAAGUCCAGGGGCUUGUUGGUGAAAUGUGGACACCGGGAGCUCAGCGGUGACUUUGUUGCACCAGAGCAGCUGUGGCCAUUCACUAACAUAGGGAAGCCUUUUUCAGAUGAGCUCAUGCAUGAGUAUGAUGAAAGGACAGACAUCUGGAAGAUCCCGGAUGUGGCGCAAUUCUUGAUAGGAAGAGUGAGUGGAGGAGAUUUAAUCCACUUCCAUCUUUUUCAGAUUCAUAAGGGAUGUAAGGCAGAAGACCCUAAACUCCGCCCAUCAGCCCUGGAUGUGUUAGUGGCUUACAAGGCAGUUUACAGCAAUAUGGCCCGAAACAAUGCCGGCUUCGGAGAAAGGCUUUAAUAUUCUAAGGAUUCCAAGGAAAGCGCAGAAAAUCCUUUUUCUAUUGGUGGAAGAAAAUCAGCCAAUCAAAACUAGUUGCUGUAGCAGGGAAGUGAAGGAAACCGUUAUGAGAAUGUGGGAGUGAGCGUUUGAGGAACAGCGAUAGCGACAGCGGGAGAGUCUGAAUCAGAGAGUGACGAUUUUUACGAUGAAGCGGCCUAAAAGGCAGACUGCAAUUCAAAUGCUGCCUCUCGGUGCACAAUCGGAGAAGGGACACACUAUGGAAGUGUCAAUCCUGUGAUGUGACCCUCUGAUGGACAGGAACUGAGUUUUUGGAGUGGCUGUGUAAAAGCACGUGAGGAAUUGCCUGCAUUUUACUGUAAAUAGUUGUGUAUAAUUUUGUUGUUUACUCAAUGUUACCUAAGAGUUUGAAAUUUCCUAAUUAUAUUUGAAUUGUAUGUUAUAAAAAAAAAAAUAAUGGUUCGUUCAACAUGUGUGUGGUUUUCACAAUUAUUAAAAAUGUCACUUUUUCCUAUUCA